CGGAGCAGUGGCUGUUCCUUAGAAACCAGCGGCGGCGUAUAGUGACGGCACAACGGCGGUCAAGCUCUUCCUCGGCUUCGGCUCUGUUCUGCGUCCCAAUCUCCCUCGCCAGAAUCGCGGAUAUUGUUUCCUCCUUUUUCUCCUUCUGCGUGCGUUUGUGUUGGUGCCUAAAAUGAAUGAGAACAGCCCAUUGGAGGGUACUCUCCACAAUAUUCUCCGUUUAAUCAAUCCCUUAGAAGAGGACCGGUCUCAGAGAUUUCAAGUCAUCCAAGGACUUCGAGCUAUCGUUCAAAACAUACGUAGCUUGAAAGAUGCAACUGUGGAACCGUAUGGAUCUUUUGUGUCAGAUCUAUUCACAAAAUGGGGAGAUAUUGAUGUAUGUGUUGAGUUGGGCAAUGCUUGUGCACUUACUAAGAAGGAGAAGCUAACUUUACUUAUAGACGUACUAAAAGAAUUGAAAAGUAGAGGUGGGUACAAUAGAGUGAAAUUAAUCAGCAGCGCAAGAGUCCCCAUUUUGAUGUUUCGUGGAAAGCACAACAUCUCUUGUGAUUUAUCAAUAAAUAAUAUUGAUGGUAAAAUAAAAUCGAAGUUAUUGUACUGGAUCAGCUCGAUUGAUGGCCGUUUUCGUGACAUGGUUUUACUGGUUUGUUCUUUGUAACAUUUAUUGUUGCAACAGCAUAUGGAUUUGAUAAAUUAUGAUGGAAUGUUAUGUGAUCUUAUACAACAUGCAUUUGAUUUCAUCACUUCCAUUUCCUUACAGUUUACCAAAAUGUCACCUUUUUAAGAGUGUUUUAAAAUCCUUUUCUUCUGGAAGGUCAAGGAGUGGGCGAAGACGCAUAACAUCAACAACUCAAAAUGUGCAACUCUAAACUCAUAUUCGCUCUGCCUGCUUGUCAUCUUCCAUUUUCAGACGUGUGUGCCUCCAAUCUUACCCCCGCUAAAAGAAAUUUACCCUGGAAAUGUUAUGGUUGAUAUUAAAGAGGCAAGGGUUGAGCAAAAGAAUGUACAGGAAUUAUGCUCAUCCAACAUUAAUCGAUUCAUACAAAAUGUGUCAAAAGCUCAUAAUCAGAGUUCUCUUUCUGCGCUUUUCACCUCAUUCAUUGCUGGGUUACGUGACUUAAGUUCAAGAGCCGCUAAGCAAGGGAUUAAUACAUAUGCUGGACAAUGGGAGGACAUUGAAGGCAACAUGAGAUGGUUACCUAAUAAGUAUCCUCUAAUUGUAAACUUCUCCAACUAUAUCUAUCAAAAAAAUAGAGCUCGUUUGGUAAAGCUUAAAAUGUCCGAAUCAACACAAAUUUGGUGA